AUGACAACCGUAAAACAGACGAUAGAACCUGAAGAACAACCUCUGGACAAUAAUAAACAAGAUGUUAAAACUGAUAAUUAUGUAGAAAAGAAAACUAUCUUUGAAAAACUGUCAUACCUGAAAUCCAACACAACAGUGGAACCUAUUCUGGCUGGCCUUGUCAUACCUUCGAUGUUAGCCAGAUUGGCGAUACAAAAUCUAAAUUUGGAUAAAGUUUGUCGCGUUAAAAAUGCUUAUGGUGACGAGAUAUGCGAUGCUCUGUUACAAAAGAAGGACAAUUUAAGCUCCUACGAGGCGGAAGUACAGCAAGUUAUAUCAUCCAUAGAAGCUUGGAAGAGUGUGAUACAAACAUCGUUACCAACGAUUCUUGUGAUAUUUAUGGGAGCUUGGAGUGACAGGACUGGGAAUAGAAAACUGUGCAUUCUUCUACCAUUGCUUGGGGAGUUGUGUGUUUGUUUGAGUAAUAUACUUAGUACAUAUUUUUUCAAGGAGAUAUCGGUGGAAUUGACCAUGUUCUUGGAAGCGUUCUUUCCAUCUAUUACUGGUGGAUGGGUCAUGGUGUAUCUCGGUGUAUUUAGUUAUAUAAGUGAUAUCACAAAUCCUGAAUCCAGGACGUUUCGUGUGGGUUUGGUUAAUUUGUGUUUGACAGCCGGAAUACCAGUAGGCACAGCUCUCAGUGGGAUUUUAUUGAAACUUUGGGGGUACUACGGUGUUUUCACUGUUUCGGGGUUAAUUUAUUUGAUAACUUUACUAUAUGGAUAUUUUUAUUUGGAAAGCAGAACAAAACCUGGAACUGAAAAGGUUAAACCGUUUAAAGUAUCCGAAGUGUUUUCAUUGGUUAAAGAAACAGCCGUUGUAGCAUUUAAGAAAAGAGAUGGGAAUUUGCGAAAAAAGAUAGUUCUCACACUAUCCGUUGUUGCUAUUGUGUAUGGACCAAACCAUGGCGAGAGAAUAAUCACCUACAUGUUUGUGAGGUAUCGGCUGAAAUGGGAUGCUUUGAAAUUCAGCCUCUAUUCCACUUACAGCCUCAUCACACAUUCGCUAGGGGCACUCUUUUCCAUCAGUGUGUUCAGCAAACACUGGGGUUUCCACGACAGUGUUUUAUGCCUCAUAUCUAUAGUUAGUAAAUUAAUUGGCUCAGUGUAUCUGUCUUUCGUUAGAACUGACAUGGAAAUGUUUAUGGUGCCAAUAGUUGAAAUUCUAAACGCAACAACAUUCACCUCCCUGAGGUCGAUGGCUUCAAAGCUAGUUCGAGACGAAGAAAUGGGUAAAAUGAAUUCGCUGUUCAGUCUGGUGGAGACGUUGGCGGCAUUAUUCUUUGAUCCCACGUAUUCGAUGCUAUAUGCUCGCACUAUACCGAUAUUUACGGGUGCUGUGUUCAUUUUCAGCGCAGUUAUGACGGUACCGGCUAUUGCUAUUUUAAUGUGGCUAUUUAUUCAGCAUCGAAGGGAAAGAAAAGAAAAAAUAAAAGAAGAUACUGAAAUGAACUAA